AUGGACUCGGAUAGUUGUUCAUGGGCGGCAGAGGCCGGCGUUCCCCAUCAUGAGGACCCCUUCAUCCAGCGUUUUAUCGCUGGUCGUCAUUCCUUGAUUCAGCGAGAGAAAUCACAACGUCAUGAUGCAAACCUGCAUAACGCGUUGCCUCCCGUAGCGAAAAAAGCAUGCCAGAUCGUUUCUCGAGUAUGCGCUCAGGAACUGGCCAAACUCCAGCAAGAUGGUUACCAGUCAGACGGCAUCCCGCAUCCGAGCCGCAUGUCCAACAGAGACAGGGUGCGGGUUGAAAGCUCUGACCUUUGGAGUAUUGUACGACGUCUGCCGAAAGGGUCCCUCCUGCAUGGUCAUCUGCCGGCGAUGGUCGAUAUGGACUUUCUUAUCGAUCAGGCGUUCGCUACGCCAGGGAUCCACGUAUCUGCGCCUCGGCCACUACUAACGCAGGGCGAUUUCCAAGACGCGCCGUUCGCGUUCCGAUAUUGUUCUCGCUCCGAUGGGGGCCAUACAGAUAAGCGCUCACUAUGGGCAGAUAGCUAUGAGCCGUCGACUAUGAUUGACUUGCAAAGUGCUGCGGCUUCCUUUCCGGACAAGAAAUCGGGCUUUCGUCAAUGGCUCAAGAGCCGGUGUACUCUGGCCUCUGAUCAAUCACAUCAGAUUCCACGUGGCAGCAGGGCGAUCUCCGACAUCUUCGAUCGCCGUUUGCCUAUUAUCAACUCUAUCCUGCAAUAUGAACCUAUCUUGCGAAAAUGUCUACGGCACAUAUUCUCACAAUUGGCCGCAGAUAGGAUAAGGUAUGUUGAGUUCAGAGUAGCCUUCAACUUCGAAUACACCCUGGAAGGUAGUGAUAAGACCGAGGAGGAUUAUACUGGCUGGUUCCAGAUUUUCCAAGAAGAGGUCGAAAAGUUCAGGGGUACUGAAGAAGGAAAAGAGUUCUAUGGCGCGCGAGUCAUAUGGGCGACCAUGCGCGGUCUAUCAAACAAAGACAUUGGUCUUAGCAUGGAGCAGUGCCUUCUCGCAAAAAAGAUGUUCCCUGAAUUCAUUUGCGGAUUCGACCUUCUUGGGCCAGAGGCUAACGAGAAGCCGCUCAACGAUUUAUUACCAAUACUAUUUUGGUUCCGUGGGCGCUGCGCUGAUGAGGGAGUGGAAAUCCCCUUUAUGUUCCAUGCUGGCUACAGUCUUGGUGAUGGUGAUCAAACAGACGAUAACCUAUUCGACGCAGUUUUGCUGGGCACCCGAAGAAUUAGCCAAGCUCUUUCACUAUAUAAACAUCCGCUGCUCAUUGAUGUUCUCAAGUCAAAGAACAUUUUGAUAGAAUGUUCACCGAGUUCAGCUGCAUGUCUCGGGCUUAGCAACUCUUUCCAGUCACACCCUCUUCCAGCUCUUCUGUCUCGUGGAGUUUCCGUCGCCCUCAGUAAUGACUCGCCAGGCAUAUAUGGGCUCGGACCAAAUGGUCUGUCAUCCGAGUUCUACCAGGCUCUACUUGCAUUUCACAGCAUGGGUCUCUCCGGCCUCACGAUGAUGGUGGAGAAUUCCAUCCGUUGGAGCUGCUACGAAGACAAAUCAGUAAAUGAUUGGAACACAGAUAUCCAAGAAGCCAUUCUUGGUGAAGGCCUUAAAGCCGCCCGUCUGCACGAAUUCUACGCCGAUUUUGAGAAGUUUUGCGAUUGGGUAGUCCUGGCUUUCGAAGAGAAGUGUAACUUCGAAUAGGGGCGGUCUCUGAUCAUAGUCAGAUUGUGCGCUGGCUAAGCCGGCACAUAUAACCCCAUCUCCCUGGCAUGCAUUUAUCAUAACCCAUGCCCUCCGCGUCCUAAUAAUCAUCGGGCACCUUCCUGCCCAAACUCACGUGAUAGGUAGACGCUUUCUAUGCACCUGGAUAGAUUAGUCAUAGUUUACAUGAAACUUCUUAUGUU